CUUGAGCCUGAUCGGGAAUUCAGGCCGCCCUAUUUGAACCUUGUUUAAGCUAUUCGUCUCACAAUUCAAUAGGUCCCCCGGGGUUGCCUAGCUCUCUCUCGCUCCCCUUCUAGCCUAUUUCGCUGCGUUCACGGUUAUUGCGAUCUGCUCUGCGACGUGGAAUGUAGCCCAGGGAUUAUCCAUGCUCCUCGACUUUGUGUUUGCCGUGAGAACAGCGCUUGCGUUCUGCUCCGGUGGGAGCCUGGUUUUACUGGUGUAGGGUGCUGCCGCUCGGCUACCUCGCGGACGGUUCUCUGGCUCUGCCGCCGGCUACACUUCGCAGUCAAUAUUUUCAGGCGCGUUUGUUGGCCUUGCUUCCCUAGAGGCGAAAAUCGGAUGUCCCUGGUGGGGCUGCUAAGAGGCGGGGUCUCGGUGCUUAUGAUUGGGGGGCUGUAGCGCCAGCCUUGAGGCUGCACUGGAACAGGUUUUGAUUACCCGGCGCGUGGCCUUUUCUUGCGUAGUUUUUCUGGAAGGGAACUAUAGGCGCCUUUUCCGUGUUUUUAGCUUUUUCGGGGAGGCGGACUGUGGGUCAGCAGCGAUGUCUCCUUGUCCCGGUUCAGGAGUUUCCCUGCGGUAGCUUCACAGGGGUUUUGGCCCGGAUGGUCGCGUCAGUAGGUAAUAGUGAGUGCUCGCAGGGGCGAAUGCAAGUUGAGCAAUGGAGUCGAGUUGCGGACUCCGGUCGCCGAGGCUUUUUGCGCCAUCUCUGAGGUCCUGCCCGGCGGGCGUUGUUCGCCUAUGUGGAUAUGUAGCGCAUGCUACGGGUUUUGUUCUGGAGUUUUACACUGUCCCCCUGGGGUCGACGGUUUCGCUAACGCUAUAGGCUAUGCUAGGCCGCCCGGCCGUGCCAGUCAUGAGGACGGUGGAUUUUGUUUUGCCCGGGGCGCGUGCUCCCUUUAGUAUGGCCGCAGUACCCGGGGAACGGGCAUCAGAUUUUCCCCAGGUGGGGGCUCUGGUUUUGGGGCCAUUUGGCAGUAGCCAUCGUUCGGGGGCAAAUGGCCACUCGCCUGGUUGUUUGCUGGCAGGCGGCUUUCGGGCCUGUCUCAAGAUGUUCUCUAGCUGAGUUGCGGGAGGAGGAAGGGCGCUCGUGCGGGUUUUGGGGGUACCUCGUGGACAGAGGUUCUUCGCUUUCUGAGUCUGUAGCUAGUUAGGUCCUUCCCCAGGCCGGGAGGACCCGCCUCUUCGUUUCACCAGUCGGGAACCCGGAGCCCUAGUUCGCCUUUGAUUCCGCGAUUGAUUCUUUUACAUCACGUCCGCUUUCGCUCCCAGGUCUCUUGUUCUUUCUUUCAGAUAGAUCUCAAGGUCCAGGGCCCCACCGGACGGCGUUUCGGAAUUUUGGGGAAUCUGGCCCGGGCAGGGUUGGUUUUUGGAAUUGCUUGCUGGCAUGGAGGGGCGUUUGCUGCAUUGGUUGGUUGCAGAGCAUUGGCGUACUCGGGCUUGGCUCGCUAGUUUCCGGCUGCGCCCGCUAGUGGGGUCUGCUGUUGCUGGGCGGGUCCGUGAGGGACCACUGUUCUGGACGUUGGGCAGGCACUGUGCUUUGUCUGCUUUGUUGGACCCGCUUCGCCUUUGUCAGAGGGGGCACCUAGGGUCGCGUCUCGACGAGGAUUGCUCCUCUGUGGCUGCUUUUCAUUUUUCGCUACUGGACCACAUGGGGUAUGGUAGUUACUGGUUGCUACUGUGCAGCUUCGCCUUUUGCUUUAUUUUCGAUACAGGUGUGGAGCUCUUUUCCUGUUCCGCGGUGGUUUUGUGCCUCUGCAUUUCUGCGUAGGUUGGUCUUGCGCGGCUGUUCGCCCGGCACCGGGCCGCGCCCUCCGUAGCGCCUGGGCCAAUCGCUGGCAGGUGGUCUGCUUGUGACUUUUGGAGUCCGACCUUGUUGUGCACUGCUGCGAUGUUUCCUAGCCCUGUCUCGCCCUCCUUGUGUCAUCGCUAUCUCUGUAUCGCGGGAUUACUACCGGUUUUCUUCUGUGCCGCCGGGCAGUGUUCGUUCGCGCGGGCAGUGCCUCCUGCGUUUGACUUUCGACUGUUAUUGUCCAUCCUGCCGCCGCUUGCCGCAAUUCCGGCCCGCGGUCUUGUGCUAGCUUGCGCAUCGCCAUCAGUUUCCUCCGCCCGUGCCGGCGGGCUUUCCCGGGACGGGAGGUGAGUGGUGUUUUCUCUUGACAUUGAAGGACUUCCUUUUUCGCAUUUUGGGAGUGGCUUUCGGGCUUGUGUUGUAUGUCUUGCCACCUCGCUUGGGUCGAGUGCUUUCUUUUCCCCGGAGGUAUCAAUCCCUUCUACGUUUUGCGGCUCGCCACCAGGGGGCGGCGGAUCGGCGCUUUCUAUACAAUGCUCCUUUUGCGGGAUUUUGGUCUUAGAGUGUAUCACCAUUUGUGUCUAUCUUGGUAUCGAUGGGCUUCCCCUCAGUGGUUUUCCGUGUCGGCUAGGGGCCGUGUUCGAAUUUUGUGCCUUGCGGGCAGUUGUUUCAUCAGGUCCAGGGCGCAGAACCUUUCGCGCGGGUUUUUGAAGUUUAUCAAGAGGACACUACGUGGGAGUUGGGUGGAUCCCUUCUGGGGAAUUGCCUAUUGCUUGCUGCUGGAAUGUGGGGGGUUCGAGUGCUUUCUGUUCCCCGGAGGUAUCCUUUCUACAUUUUGCGGCUCGCCACGAGGGGGUGGUGUAUCGGCGCUUUCGCUGCGUUAUAUCUUGCGCGGGAUUUUGGUCUUAGAGUCCAUCGUGGUGCGUGUCUAUCUUGGUGUCUAUGCGUUUCCCCUCUGGGGUUUUCAGUGUCGGCUAGCGGCCGUGUCCGGGUUUUCUGCCUUGCGGGCAUCUGUUUCAUCCGGUCCAGGGCGUAGACCCUUUCGCGCGGGUUUUUGGAGUUUGUUAGUCAACAGGACCCUAAGUGGGAGUAGGGUGGAUCCCUUCUGGGAAAGUGCCUCGCUUUUUCGGGAUGUAACAGCCACUGAUCCGGGUUGACUUGAAGCUGCUACCGCUUCAAGCAUUUUCCGGCAUGGAAAGUUCUGCGCUGCGUGCGCUCAUUCUAGGCCCGGUUACCGGGGGGCAGGGAAAUAACGCGGUCUGCGUGCCCGUGGUUGCGAGUUUGGGUUGCAGCUGCGCUUGCUUUGCAGGCUGUGUUCAGUCUGCUUUCUGUCUUCCCCUUGGGGGCAAGUGGGGCUGGGGCUGGCGCUGUUCCCCCCAUUCAUCCACCGGUGGUGGGGUUCUGGGGGGUCUUGCCCUGGGGGCCAGGUGGUGGUGGAGUGGGCCGCUCCCCGCUACGGAAGCUGGGCGCGGCCUGCUUGACCCAGCCCCAAUAGGCGCGGUCCAACGGGCCGCUUGGGUGUGUGCUCUGGAUAACACUCGGAAGGAACGCA